UUAGCCGCUGAAUGACUGGCGGACAGGCGGCGCUGUGGACGGCGUGGACGGGACAGGACAGCCUGUGGAACAUUUACUAUCCCGACGGCGCAUGUUGUUUGAACAAUUGGCGUGAGGACGGCCUUGGUCGGAACGCGAGGGCGCUGUUGUGUUGUCGUAGGUUGAUGGCCAGGAGCGAGCAAGACAGAAAAGUCAACAUCUUUUCAGGACUUUUUUAAAGAUCGCAAUAAUUCCGUUGGCAUGACACAUGCUGGACUGAGUGCAUCGACGUGCUGUCCAUGUUUCGACUGAGGGCCAAUCACGUUUGCUAUUCAAAUCCAGGCUUAUGUCAGUGACCUACAUCUCAUGUCUGUGCGCCAAGAGCCCGCAGUCUCCUCCGCGCUAGACCAGAGCCCACAGUCUCCUCGGCGCUAGACAUGGGCAAGAAGCAGGCGCAGCCGCCAAGCGGCGAGUCCGAGACUGAAGACGAUGCUAGUCUAGAAGCGGCUCCGAGGAAAGAUGAGCCAGCAGCUGGCAGCGAGGGCAAAGUCCCGCAGGAGGACAGCAAAGUCCCGCAGGAGGACAGCAAAGUCCCGCAGGAGGACAGCAGCGUCCAGCUGAUCGACACCGGCUGCGAUCCCAUCCCAUGCCCGGGUCUUCAAGCAGACCCGGCGGUUCCAGUGGACAGGCACGGCGCAGGAUUCGUGCCACCCGAAGGAGGUUUUGGCUGGCUGGUGGUUCUGGCAGCAACCUGGUGCAAUGGGUCCAUCUUUGGAAUUCAGAACUCUUUUGGCAUCCUGCACUUGAUGCUGGUGAAGGAGCAUGCGGACCCAGAGGACCAGACGUCCCAGUUCAAAGUGGCCUGGGUCGGGGCUCUGGCCAUGGGCAUGAUCUUCUUCUGUUCACCGGUGGUCAGCAUGUUCACCGACCACUUUGGCUGUCGAACAACGGCGGUCAGUGGGGCGCUGCUGGCGUUCAUUGGACUGCUGAGUACAUCUUUUGCAAACUCCCUGAGCCUGCGUUAUUUCACUUAUGGCAUCCUGUUUGGCUGUGGAUCCUCCUUCGCCUUCCAGCCCUCUUUGGUCAUCCUGGGCCACUACUUUCGCCGGCGCCUUGGCUUGGCCAACGGUGUGGUGACGGCGGGUGCCAGCCUCUUCUCCAUGGGUCUCCCUGUGUUGCUGGACAAGGUGGUGGAGCCGCUGGGACUCAGCAGGACCUUCCAGAUCCUCAGCCUCUUCAUGCUUGUACAAGCCUUGCUGGCACUGACAUUCAAGCCAUUGCUACCGGCCGGACAUGGCAUGGGACCACCAGGCAGCGCUGAGUCUCCAACUCAGCCAGGGACCACUGCUCAGAGCGCAAAGUGGUGGAAUAAGGCCUUGGCGGGGGUCAGAAACUACUUUAACCUGAGAGUUUUCCGCAUACUCACUUACCGUGUUUGGGCAUUUGGAGUUGCUACAGCUGUGUUGGGCUACUUUGUGCCUUACAUCCAUCUGAUGAACUUUGUACAGGAGCAGUUCAAGGGCACGGACAAAGAGUGGCUGCUCCUGGUGUGCAUCGGAGCUUCUUCAGGGGUGGGACGGCUCGCUUUUGGCAAGAUCGGAGACCUUAUUCCUGGCCUGAAGAAGAUCUACAUGCAGGUGGUGUCCUUCAUGGCCCUGGGUCUGAUGUCUAUGAUGAUCCCUCAAUGUGCCGUCUUCGAGGGGUUGGUGGUGGUGUGCAUUUUCCUGGGCCUGUGUGACGGAUGCUUCCUCACCAUGAUGGCCCCCAUAGCGUUUGAGCUGGUGGGGCCCAUGCAGGCCUCGCAGGCCAUAGGUUACCUGCUGGGCCUCAUGUCUCUGCCAAUGACCGCAGGGCCGCCCAUCGCUGGUCUCCUCCAUGAUUAUUUUGGCAACUACUUGGUGGCCUUCUCCCUGGCCGGCGUGCCCCCCAUGGUGGGAGGGGUGGUGCUGUUCUUUGUGCCCCUCAUACACCGCCCACUGCAGACGGCAGAAAGGGAGUCCGGCGCCAACAUGUUGGCCGACGCCCCCAUGUUGGCCGACGCCCCCAUGUUGGCCGACGCCCCCAAGAGCUGCUCCAACGGAGACCUGCUGCCUGGCUACACUGACCUAGAAACACAUAUUUGACUGGAGCUGUGUGGAAACACUGGAGGGACCAUCACUUUGCUUGACCUUUGACCUCCUUGACACUAGUUGCUAACCAUGAGAAGGUCUGACAUGAUGCUGCCCCAGAGAGCUCACAGGAAGACCUCCAAGAGGAAGAGACUACAUAGCUAGUUUAAAUCUCACAACCUAGACAUGUUUGGGAAGUGAACCUUGUAGAUAUCAAUUAUAGUACAUUCUUCUUUUUAGCAUCCACUCAUGAGUGUGAGUGUCACUGAAAUAGACGAUUGAUAUUUUCCCUCAACUUGUGUCAGUAUUCUGUUGAUGACAUCUACCUUCUCCACUCUUUAGGGAACAGCCUCUUUCAACAUUUUCAACGAUGCAAAGUACAGACCCCAAAAGCAGUGAAGUUGUAAAUAAAAACAGAAAUCCUUUUCAACUUAUAUUCAGUUGAAGACAAGAUAUUUCAUCUUCACACUGAGAAACUUUCUUCUUUGUUUGCAAAUAUUAGCUCAUUUGGAAUUUAUGCCUGCAACAUGUUACAAAAAAGCUGGCACAAGUGGCAAAAAAGAGUGAGAAAGUUGAGCAAUGCUCAUGAAAGACUUAUUUGGAACAUCCCACAGGUGAAUAGGCUAAAUGGGAACAGGUGGGUGCCAUGAUUGGGUAUAGAAGCAGCUUCAGUCAUUCACAAACAAGGACGGGGGCGAGGGUCACCACUUUGUCAACAAAUGCCUGAGGAAAUUCAAUCAAUCAAUCAAUGUUGAUUUAUAUAGCCCUAAAUCACAAGUGUCUCAAAGGGCUGCACAAGCCACAACCACAUCCUCGGUACAGAGCCCACAUAAGGGCAAGGAAAAACUCACAACCCAGUGGGAUGUCGAUGUAAAUGACUAUGAGAAACCUUGGAGAGGACUGCAGGUUUGAUUAACCACCAAAGAGGAAAAGAAGCAUGGGGACUGUUCUAGAGUGAAAGUGUAAAAGGCAGCAUGUGUGAUGGUAUGGGGGUGUAUUAGUGGCCAAGACAUGGGUAACUUACACAUCUGUGAAGGCACCAUUAAUGCUGAAAGGUACAUACAGCUUUUGGAGCAACACAUGUUGCCAUCCAAGCAUGGACGCCCCUGCUUAUUUCAGCAAGACAAUGCCAAGCCACGUGUUACAACAGCGUGGCUUCAUAGUAAAGGAGUGUGGGUACUAGACUGGCCUGCCUGUAAUCCAGACAUUGAAAAUGUGUGAAGGCUAAAAUAUGAGAAGGGAGACUGUUGAACAACUUAAGCUGUACAUCAAGCAAGAAUGGGAAAGAAUUCCACUUCAAAAAUGUGUCUCCUCAGUUCCCAAACCUUUACUGAGUGUUGUUAAAAGGAAAGGCCAUGUAACACACUGGUAAACAUGCCUUUUUUCUAUGUGUUGCUGCCAUUAAAUUCUAAGUUCAUGAUUAUUUGCAAAAAAAAAAGUGGUUUCUCAGUGUGAACAUGAAAUAUCUUGUCUUUGCAGUCUAUUCAAUUGAAUAUAAGUUGAAAAGGAUUUGUUGUAUUCUCUUUUUUUCAACAUUUACACAACCUGACAACUUAUAAUACGGGUGUGCUUAUCCGAUAUUGGAUAUCGAUCCGAUAUCAGACAAAAAACAAAACAAGUAUAUCUAGUGACUGGCUUGUUAACUCUUGGAUGUUAAGCUCCGAUACAAGCAUUCCUAGGUAGACAUGGUAGGCUAGAGGCUACUAGGAGUUAGCAGCUACACUGUAGCUAAGCACACAAUAGCACACAAGCUAGACAUUCGUAAGUGUCCUUGAUUGAAGAAUAUUGCAGUCUAAAACAACACUUUGGUUCUUAUAAACAAUAAUGGUAAGUCCAUAUUACAGAUAAAGUCUCCAGGCUAGAAGCUUAUUAGAAAGUGUCCAGUAACAAACGUGUCCGCAUCAUUCAACUUACUGCGUCAUGACAAACACAAAAACUAUCAUCAGUCCAGUCGAAAGGAGAAAGAGCAUAAGAUGGUUCAUAAUAAAUAGUUUAGAGUUUACGUCAUCAACCUUUCACAACAAUCCACACUACAAACUACCACAGACUAUUAGCCCCACUGCUAUCUAAGCCACACCCACUAAACUACCACAGACUAUAAACCCCACUGCUAUCCAAGCCACACCCACUAAACUACCACAGACUAUAAACCCCACUGCUAUCCAAGCCACACCUACUAAACUACUGUGACUGUACUUUCUUCCUACACUUUGAACCCUGCGGUCUAAAGGACGGAGCGACUGGAUUCUUCUUUGACGGCCAUAAUAAAAAUGAUUGGAUGAAAAAAGAGCAAAAACACUGAGAGGGAGUUUAAUUGUUUAUGUUCUGAAACUAUCUUUUGGACAAAUUCACUCCCUGAAGGCUGCGCUUUCCUUCCAUGUAGUGUUUUCCACAACCACAAGUAGAAGUGUUGUUCAGGGUUCUAGUUUUAUGUCAAACUGUUUGGACUUACUAAACCUUCCCAUGUGUGAUGGAGCAUAUUUCUACAUGCUAUUGUAAUGUAGCGUCGUUAGCAUUAGCUAAUGAGUGUCUGUGUUAAUAUUAUUAACUUACAUUCUUUUUGUAUUGUUUCACUUUCACAAAUUCCUCAGUAAAUUCACCAAAACGUCAGCGUGGAAUUAUUGACUCUGUUUAGCUGUUUUGUUUGAUCGGCCGUUUUACUGCCGUCUGACUUGGACCGUUAGGGAACAAUUCAAGUAUGUAAAUAAACAUUUAUAAAA